AUGGAUAUUGAUUUGAACAAGGCGUACGACAGUGGGAACUUCCGUGCACAUGUCAAUGCCAAUGAUUUUGUGGAAUCAGAUGAAGAUGAAGACGAGGAGGAGAGCGAAGAUGGGGAAUCCAGUUUGGAACAUGAAAAUGAUACGAUUCCCGAGGAAGAUGUAGAUUACGAAGAACUACGUCAAGAAGAAGAAAUUCGGCAAAAAGAGGCAAAAAUGCUUUCUCGAUCGGAACGGUUUACGAAUUGGUUAGGAGAGGCUACGACACAAUUGGACCAGCUCCUCUUGGAGGAAAGCAGCUCAGCAGGUGAUGAGUGCCCUCUGAUUGUCCAUCACAGAGAAAUUGAACGAGAAAGUGAACAUCGACCGGAGCGUGAGCCGUACAUUCGUGCUCGGCAAGAAUUGGAUCGCAUUGAGACAGAAGCGUCUGAAGUGGAGCACCCAAGCGAGCAAGAGGUGGAGGAGAGGCGACCACGAAGACCAACGACUGCUCCAUCGAUGAUGUCUACCACGUCAACGAUACCACCGGAAGAGAUCAAGCGGCGAGUAGCUCUGGAAAAGUUGCGUAACAAGGAAAAGACCAAGAUUCGAGUGAAAGGCAAACAGAGUGCUGUUCGACGUGGACGAAAAGAGAAUCGUAUCACAAUCAAUGACUACAAGGGAUGGAUAUAA